CGUCUUCGUCUGGACUCUCAGCCUUCCCAGAGUUUGUAGCUGUUGGGAUGAUGGAUGGAGUUCAGAUUGGGCACUAUGACAGCAACAUCCAGGGAAUAGUCCUGAAACAGGCCUGGACGGAACAGUUCUACAGAGAUCAUCCAGGUGAACUGGAGAUGAUAACUGAAAGGGCUCUGGAUAACCAGCAGAACCUCAAGGCCAAGAUGUUGUAUUUGAAGAAGCUCUUUAACCAGACAGGAGGUGCCCACAUGGUUCAGUACGUGGUUAGUUGUGAGUGGGAUGAUGAGGAUGAUUCUACUGAUGGUUAUCUCCAGUAUGGUUAUGAUGGAGAGGACUUCAUAGCGUUGGACCUGAAGACCCUGACCUGGGUCGCUCCAGUACCUCAGGCUGUCAGCACCAAACAGAGAUGGGAUGAGGAUAAAGCUCGAUUACAAUUCAAUAAGUACUUCUUCACCAAGCAGUGUGUUGAUUGGCUGAAGAUGGGCCUGGCCUAUGGGAAGAGCACUCUGCAGAGAACAGAUCGUCCGCGGGUGUCUCUGCUACAGAGGAGCCCCUCCUCCCCAGUGGUGUGCCAUGCUACAGGCUUCUACCCUGACAGGGUGGUGGUGUUCUGGAGGAGAGACGGCCAGGAGCUCCAUGAGCAGGUGGACCCCGGGGAGGUCCUCCCCAACCACGACGGGACCUUCCAGGUCAGCGUGGACCUCAACCUCAAGGCCGUCCCACAGGAGGACUGGGGGAGGUACGAGUGUGUGGUCCAGCUGAAAGGCAUCGAGGACAUCUCCACCCCCCUGGACCCCGCCCUCAUCAGGACCAACUGGGGUUUCCUGGUCAGUGCGUCUGAUGCUGGAGUCGGAGUCACGUCUCUGUGGAUAAUCUCAUCGAGCUGUUCUUCUGAAUACAUCGAUAUGAAGGCGCUAACGGGGCUGCUGCUGUUGGUCUUUGGUCACGGUGUGUCCUCAGUGCUUCACUCUAUGCAGUAUUUCUACACGGUGUCGUCUGGACUCACAACCUUCCCAGAGUUUGUUGCUGUUGGGAUGGUGGAUGGAGUUCAGUUUAACUACUAUGACAGCAACACCCAAAGAGUAGUCCUCAAACAGGACUGGAUGGAGCAGUACACCAUCAGAGAUGACGCCGACUACCUGGACAGGACCGCUGGAAGCUAUCUGGGUGCCCAGCAGGUCUUCAAAGCCGACAUUGGGAUUCUGAAAGAGAACUUUAACCAGACAGGAGGUAUCCACUUGUAUCAGAAGAUGUAUGGUUGUGAGUGGGAUGAUGAGGAUGAUUCUACUGAUGGUUAUAGCCAGUAUGGUUAUGAUGGAGAGGACUUCAUGUCGUUUGACCUGAAGACCCUGACCUGGGUCGCUGCAGUACCUCAGGCUGUCAUCAUCACACUGAUAUGGAAUGAGGAUGAAGCUGAUUUACAAUACCAGAAGAACUACUACACCAAGGAGUGUGUUAGUGGGUUGAAGACGGCCCUGUCCUAUGGGAAGAGCACUCUGCAGAGAACAGAGCGUCCGCGGGUGUCUCUGCUCCAGAGGACCCCCUCCUCCCCAGUGGUGUGCCAUGCUACAGGCUUCUACCCUGACAGGGUGGUGGUGUUCUGGAGGAGAGACGGCCUGGAGCUCCAUGAGCAGGUGGACCCCGGGGAGGUCCUCCCCAACCACGACGGGACCUUCCAGGUCAGCGUGGACCUCGACCUCACGGCCGUCCCACAGGAGGACUGGGGGAGGUACGAGUGUGUGGUCCAGCUGAGAGGCAUCGAGGACAUCUCCACCCCCCUGGACCCCGCCCUCAUCAGGACCAACUGGGAGGACAAGAGUGGCCUCACCAUCCCCAUCAUCAUUGGGUUGCUUGUUCUCCUCCUCGCUGCUGCUGCUGCUGUUGUUGGAGUCCUUCUGUACAAGAAGAGGAACGCUUCAGACAAGGGACACAAACUAGUUGGUUCUGACACCAGCUCUGAGAACACUGAGGGGCAGAAUCCGGCUCCUGAGGCCCAACCUCUGACCACAGGUUAAAGUUAAAUCAUGAAGAGGCUUCUCACAUUCCUCUUCCUAAAGCAGGAUGGAGUGGAUCGCUGUCAUCUAUAAUCAUCACAAUCAGUUUGGGGACUUCAGCUAACUAAAUAUGCUAUGUUUGCUUAGUUACAUUAACAUUCAUACUUUAAUUUGAUAAAAAACAUAAAUCCGUAAGAAGUGUAAAUCAAUUAGAUCUCUGUAUUUGUGAUUGAUGGACUAAUCCUGCAAUCUUUCACUGACCUUUGGAAACCAUGGCAACAUGACCCCGCCAUCAAGGCCAUUUUGUUUUGGUUCUAACUGCUUAAUCUUAUAAACUUUUAAAUUAUGUUAUUGUCAAGUCAUAUUUAAGUUUCAAAUAAUGUUCAAAGAUUCUGAAUCAAGGUUUGGGAAAGUGAGAUUCUGUCAAGUUUGAAUAGAAUAAUCGUUACAUUUUCUGCUAGCUAGAGAAUUGCAUUGCUACAUAGGCUAGCACAAUCGAGCUAGGCUGCUUAAGCUUUAAUGCUUUUUGUUGUGUUUUCUGUGUUCUUUGGGGAAUUGGAUCAUAUAUACUUUGGUUAUUCUGUCAAUAAAUUACAUAAAAAUUG